AUGGACUCUCCCCAAGUGGAGUGGAGCUUGUUCAAUCAUGUGACUUGUAACAUAUCGUCUUCAGUGGAUGAAGUGACAAUCCUUGGAGCUCUUGCUAUGGAUCUUAUUGAACAAGUACUUGGAGUUCUCUACAAUGCUGAAGUGAAAGUUGAAAGGCUUGAUCAGCUUAAGGCUAGCAGGAUGAAGGAAAUUGCUUCUAAGAAUCAAGUUGAACUCGAAGAGAUUUUUGCUCAAGCACAUAAAGAAAUUGAUUCAGAUUCUGCUCGAAAAAAAAUAAUGGCACUGAUUGAUUCUGGGAAUGUUGAGCCGUCUGAAUUACUGGCUGACAGAAGAGAGUUGGCUUGA